GUACGCCAAAUGCAUGGUCGGUAUUGACUACGGCAAGAUAAAAGAGUUUUACGUUAAUUAUUAACAGUUUGUUAGAUUGUUGGUUCACUGUGUGAUACAAAGUGGAGCGUUAUGUCGCUUUCUAUUACUGGAGCCACAGAAGGCCAGCUGCAAAUCCAUUUGUUCACGAAACAGAAACAGUACGCAGUCCCAGACGUGCCGUACUCGAUUCGGGCGAAUGUUGGAAACAAAGAAUUGAAUGUGCUUUUAAACACAUUGCUGAACGAUGCUGGCUGUACGUCGACCGAGAAAGUAGAGUUUGAUUUCCUCUUGAACGGGGAAUUCGUGAAGAUUCCUUUGGGUCAACAUUUAAAAGAACGAGAAAUCUCAUUUGAAGAUACCGUCGAUCUUGAAUAUGUUGAACGGUAUCCUGCACCCGAGCCGCAGGAUUGUUUGCUUCAUGAUGAUUGGGUUUCAGCAGUGCAAGCCAAGGAUGGUUGGAUUCUAACAGGAUCGUACGAUAAUACACUGAACAUAUGGAACACCAAAGGCAAGCACACGCUAACCAUUCCAGGCCAUGUUGCUCCGGUGAAGGGAGUUGCUUGGAUUUCACUGAACAAUCAAACGGGAGUAUUUGCAAGUGCUAGCCAUGAUCAAAAUGUCAUGUUAUGGGAAUGGAACGUCGUUGCGAAUUCGGUUGAAUGUGUGCAUGUUUGCAAGGGCCAUGAACGAGGCGUCGGUUGUGUUGCUGUCAACCCAUCUAAAACACAGAUGGCUACAGGCAGCAUGGAUACAAUGUUAAAAAUUUGGUCAACCGAUGUACAAGGAGACAAAAUUGAGCCAUCGGCAAGUAAGAAGGCUAAACUAGAGCAAGAAAAUGUACGCACGCCAAUAGCUACGUUGGCUGGUCAUCGUGAAUUCGUUUCCGGUGUCCAGUGGAUGGAUAAUUCGACAUUAGUAACUUCAUCUUGGGAUCACACUCUUAAAAUAUGGGAUCUAACGCUAGGUGGUAUAAAAACAGAAUUUACAGGAAAUAAAUCGUUUUUCGAUUUGAGCUACUCACCAUUGAACGGUAUGAUAGUAACAGCAUCACCUGAUAAAAACCUUCGUUUGUAUGAUCCUCGCUCAAAGUAUGCAACAUUUGUUAAAAAUACUUAUCUAGGACACACGCAAUGGGUGCAAACGUGUUGUUGGUCGACGACAAACGAGUAUUUGUUUGUUUCCGGUGCAUACGAUAACCAUGUAAAAUUAUGGGAUUAUCGUUCACCGAAGGCACCUAUAUACGAGUUGAUUGGACAUGAGGACAAAGUUUUAGCGUGUGAUUGGUCCAAUCCAAAGUAUAUCUUAUCAGGUGGCUCCGACAAUGCAGUGCGUGUCUUCAAAUCAAAAAUAUCUGGCAGCGCCAGUAAUAUUAAUUGAACUUAGGAAAAAAAGCUAAUAAAGGCAAAGUGAAUAAAGGCCCUUGAAACUUUCGGAAACAGAACGGUUAGCCUUUGAAGGAAAUGAGAGAAAAAGUAAUGAGCACAAAAAUAGACGAUUGCGAGGAUCGCCGUUAUAUCUUGUGAACAACUCAUGUAACGAAACACUGUUCAUCACGGGCAUUGAGAACAGGACACAGUCGUAUUUAUUCCCUAAGAAGAUUGCAGAUGGAGAUGCUUUUUUAAAUAUAUAUUAUUUUUAUUUCUA